AAAAAAUUGAAACAUUUACAGUGUGGCCAACUGUAAUAUAUUGUUUGUUAUUUCCAUUUCCAAAAGAAAUUUCAUUUCUUUUAUUUAUGGGCCAACUCCUUUAGAAUAGACGGUUAUAAACGUAAACAAACUCGUCGAAAAUAUAACGUAGCGCAAUAGAAAAAAAAAGAAGCAACCAUCGCUCGGUCAUUAAAGUGUCAAUGGAAAUCAUUUAACGAAAAAUUUCAGUGCUCCACGACAUAUUUCUAGCAAUUUCACAUUAAAUAAUGAAAGUUAACGAGGCCCCAUCAUCGAAGUCUGUAUCAAAAACUUGUAGUUGACUGGAGAAUUGUUUUCAGUCCGUACGAGAAUUUUCGGAGGCAAUGCUAAAUAUUUACAAACAAAGACGGAGGAGGUACAGUUUGGGACCCUCAAAUGGGCAACUGCUUUACAUGCUUCAAGGAGCCCAUGCAGACGGCCCUCGACGAAAGUGUCAACCACAAAACUAAAGAAGAAAUGACCGAAGCUCAGCUGUAUCCAGCGCCCAGUCACGUUCCAGCCGCCGCAGCUCCUUCGGAAACGCUCCUCAGUAACGGCAAUCACUUGUCAGCCGGCUCCGAUGUGACCACCACCAUCAGUCGCUUGUACCCCAGUCGAAGAAUCUACUCCAAAUCGGCCCCCGUCAUGGGCACGGCCGAGAGCAAACCGUCCGACACCAAGCUGGCUGUACUGUUCGAACAGUACAGGGACAGAAACGAGGACUGCAUCCUCGCAGAAGGAAUGGAACAAUUUUGCCAGGACCUGCAAAUAUCCCCGGACGAUUUCAGGAUAUUGAUACUGGCGUGGAAAUUGAACGCCGAGCAAAUGUGCCGGUUCACCCGAUCGGAAUUCCUCGACGGAUUGAAAUCGAUCCGAGCGGAUUCGAUAAAGUCCCUGCAAACGCGCCUGCCCGAGCUGGUCGGCGAAGUGGAGAACAACCACGAAUUGUUCAAGGACCUGUACCGGUUCACGUUCUGCUUCGGGCUGGACUCGGCGUCGGGCCAAAGGAUCCUGCCCACCGAUAUGGCGGUGAUCCUUUGGAGGUUGGUGUUUACGAUAAAGGAGCCGCCGAUAUUGGGCAGGUGGAUCGGGUUCCUGGAGAGGCACCAGAACAUCCGGGGCAUACCCAAGGACACUUGGAACAUGUUUUUGAAUUUCUCCGAGCACGUGGGGAGCGAUUUGAGCUGCUACGACGACACCGAAGCUUGGCCUAGUUUGUUCGAUGAUUUCGUUGAGUUCGAAAACGACCAGGCCAACCAGAAUAUCUCGAAGGAUAUCGAGAAGGAAUCGGACGGUUUGUUGAUUAUGAAAGAUUGAUGUACUUUUGUAUGUGAAUAAACUGCCUAAUUAAUGUGUAAAAUAUGCAAAUGAAUUGUUGUGAUAUGGUUGUAGCUGUUUUUUUUAAGGAUAAUCGAAUUGAGAGCGUUGAGGUGGGCAUUUUUGGUCUAAAUGCUUGUAAUAUGAUCGAAAAUUUCAAUUAAAAGGGGACUAAUGUUUAAUUUUGGACUUGGAAAUUGUAGAUGCAUAUCAAAAUUGCUCAGAGACUUUCAUUAUUUGGGAAUUGUAAAACACUCGAAAAAAAUGGAUACCUGAACGCUUGAUUAAAUUAUAUAAAUUCUUUUUAAUCGUGUACAUUUUAAUGAAAAAAUUGUAACUUUUUAUAUAGAAUAACGGUAAAAUAUUUUAUAUUUUUUAUUUAGGAGUGGAAGGAAAAAUAUUUAUUCGAUAA